AGAUCUUCCAGCGAGCCGGUGGGGGGGUGAGUGAGUGAGUGAGUGGAUCGCCUGUCCGAUGUUGGGACUAUAGGUACCGGUGCUUCGUCUAUAAGGGGUACGCACGUGCACCGUUUGUAAAACAGCCUGCAUCAUCACCCCUUCUUUACCCAUCCGUGAUCGGGGCCACAGUGAAGAACGCGAUGGAUGAAGACCGUGCAGGGGAGCAGAUGAGACCUCUUCUCACCACGGGUCAUGAUGAAGAGGCUGUGGUAGACCUCGGAAAAACUAGCUCUACUGUGAACACAAAUUUCGAGAAAGAAGAAUUAGAAAGUCACAGAGCCGUUUACAUUGGCGUUCAUGUACCACUUGGCAGACAGCCCCGCAGACGUCACCGACAUCGUGGCCACAAGCACCACCGCCGAAGAAAAGAAAAAGAGAACGACAAAGAGGAUGGCCGGGAAUCUCCCAAUUAUGACACCCCAUCCCAGCGCGUACAGUUUAUCCUUGGCACGGAGGAUGAUGAUGAAGAGCACAUUCCGCAUGACCUUUUUACUGAAAUGGAUGAGCUCUGUUUUCGGGAUGGUGAAGAAUGUGAAUGGAAGGAAACCGCACGCUGGCUCAAGUUUGAGGAAGACGUUGAAGAUGGUGGCGACAGAUGGAGUAAGCCUUAUGUGGCGACUUUGUCGCUGCACAGCCUGUUUGAGUUAAGAAGCUGCAUCCUUAACGGCACAGUAAUGUUGGAUAUGAGAGCCAGUACCAUAGAAGAAAUUGCAGACAUGGUCUUGGACAGCAUGAUUGCGGCUGGCCAGUUAGAUGAAUUGAUGAGGGAACAAGUGCGGGAAGCGCUCCUAAAGAGACAUCACCACCAGAAUGAGAAGAAGCUGAGUAACCGAAUCCCGCUAGUACGCUCCUUCGCUGACAUAGGCAAGAAACAUUCUGAUCCUCACUUGCUUGAACGAAACGGGGAAGGCCUUUCAGCCUCCCGUAACUCAUUGCGAGCAGAAUCUCGCCUGUCUCUCCUCCUCAAUUAUCUUCUUCCUCCUUCGAGAGUUGGGACACCAGCAGGCUCCAGGCGUACCUCACCUGCACCGUCCCCCCAAAACACACCACCCAGCAGCCCUAGCUUCAAUCGACUGGCAUCUACUAGUUCCCAACAAAGUGAACCGUGGUGCUCAGACUCUCAGCCAUUGGUUUGUGAGGAUAUUCCUACUGUAAUAAUUCACCCACCAGAGGAGGAGGCUGAAAAUCAGAAGCUUAUGGAAACAAAGAAGAAAAAUCAUGGGCUGUUAUCUUCACCACAGUCAACCCCAGCAAAUAUGGAGAGUGCCAGAUCAGCUGAUCUGAAACGAAACGGAACUGGAGGAAGUCAAGAAAACAGUACAGUUGACUUUAGCAAGGUGGAUAUGCACUUCAUGAGGAAAAUCCCACCUGGAGCUGAGGCAUCAAACGUUUUAGUAGGAGAAGUGGAUUUUUUGGAUCGACCAAUUAUCGCUUUUGUUAGGUUGAGUCCAGCAGUUCUUUUGUCUGGACUCACCGAAGUGCCGAUUCCUACACGGUUUUUGUUUGUUUUGUUGGGUCCCACUGGAAAAGCUGCACAAUAUCAUGAAAUUGGAAGAUCUAUAGCCACGCUUAUGACAGAUGAGAUUUUCCACGAUGUUGCGUAUAAGGCAAAAGAUCGAAAUGAUCUUCUUGCAGGAAUAGAUGAAUUUCUAGACCAAGUAACAGUCCUCCCUCCAGGCGAGUGGGAUCCAACCAUCCGCAUUGAGCCACCAAAAAGUGUUCCCUCCCAGGAGAAAAGGAAGAUUCCAGCCGUCCCAAAUGGAUCAACUCCUACAGGUGAGACCUUGAAAGAAGAGGAACAUGAAACUGGACCAGAGCUCCAAAGAACUGGAAGGCUUUUUGGUGGUUUGAUGCAUGACAUCAAAAGGAAAGCACCUUUUUUCUUGAGUGACUACAAGGAUGCAUUAAACCUGCAGUGCCUGGCCUCCGUUCUUUUCCUAUACUGUGCCUGUAUGUCUCCUGUAAUCACUUUUGGAGGGCUCCUGGGAGAAGCUACACAAAACAGAAUAAGUGCAAUAGAGUCUCUCUUUGGAGCGUCGUUAACGGGUAUUGCCUAUUCUCUCUUUGCUGGACAACCUCUGACGAUACUGGGCAGCACAGGGCCAGUCCUGGUGUUUGAGAAGAUAUUGUUCAAGUUCUGCAAAGAUUAUCACCUGUCUUAUCUUUCGUUGCGGACAAGUAUUGGCCUGUGGACAGCAUUUCUAUGCAUGUUACUGGUAGCAACAGAUGCCAGCAGCUUAGUAUGUUACAUCACCCGCUUCACAGAAGAAGCAUUUGCUGCCCUCAUAUGCAUCAUAUUUAUUUAUGAAGCACUGGAAAAACUGUUCCACUUGAAAGAAAAGUAUGCCUUCAACAUGCACAGCGACAUUGAUCUCCUGACAAAAUACUCUUGCAUAUGCUCUGAGCCAGUGAACCCCAACAAUCAAACUCUAACUAUGUGGGUGGAAAGGAAUAUUACUCCCAGUGAUGUACAGUGGGACAAUCUAACCGUGUCUGACUGUGUAGCACAUCAUGGUUCGUUUGUGGGCACGGCUUGUUACCACCAUGGCCCUUAUAUACCCGAUGUGUUUUUCUGGUCAGUGAUCUUAUUCUUUACAACGUUCUUCCUAUCAUCCUUCCUGAAGCAGUUUAAGACCAAGAAUUAUUUUCCAACAAAGGUGCGAUCUACAAUCAGUGACUUUGCUGUUUUUCUUACAAUCGUGAUUAUGGUUGUAAUUGACUACCUGGUGGGAGUUCCUUCCCCAAAACUCCAUGUUCCUGAGAAAUUUGAGCCAACGUUAAAAGACCGAGGUUGGAUCAUUGAUCCCUUAGGUAGUAAUCCAUGGUGGACAUUACUGGCUGCUGCUAUACCUGCCCUUUUAUGCACCAUUCUUAUUUUCAUGGACCAACAAAUUACUGCUGUGAUUAUAAACCGGAAAGAGCACAAGUUGAAGAAAGGUUGCGGCUAUCAUCUUGAUCUGUUCAUGGUUUCCAUCAUGCUGGGUAUCUGCUCCAUAAUGGGUUUACCCUGGUUUGUUGCUGCAACUGUUCUAUCCAUCAGCCAUGUUAACAGCUUGAAAGUGGAAUCUGAAUGUUCUGCGCCAGGAGAGCAGCCAAAAUUCUUGGGAAUCCGAGAGCAGCGAGUGACGGGUCUCCUGAUCUUUGUUUUGAUGGGACUCUCUGUUUUUAUGACCUCUGUUUUGAAGUUUAUUCCGAUGCCAGUCUUGUAUGGGGUGUUUCUUUAUAUGGGUGUUUCUUCGUUGAAAGGUAUCCAGUUCUUUGAUCGCAUAAAGUUAUUUGCAAUGCCGGCCAAACACCAGCCAGAUCUGAUCUACCUGCGCUACGUUCCUCUGUGGAAGGUCCAUGUCUUCACUGUGAUCCAGCUGACAUGCCUUGUCCUCUUGUGGGUUAUAAAGGUUUCUGCUGCAGCUGUUGUUUUCCCCAUGAUGGUCCUUGCAUUGGUCUUCAUUCGCAAGCUGCUAGAUUUCUUCUUCACUAAACGAGAAUUGAGCUGGUUGGAUGAUCUGAUGCCUGAAAGCAAAAAGAAGAAAGAGGACGAUAAGAAAAAAAAGGAGAAAGAGAAGAUUGAAGAUGGCACGCCAGAGGAGGCUGAGCGAAUGCUUCAGGGAGAUGACACUGACAACUUACACCUUUCAUACGAGGGCAGAAACCUGCUUCAGAUCCCAGUCAAGAGCCUGAAAUACAGCCUUGAUCCUUCUAUUGUAAACAUAUCAGAUGAAAUGGCAAAAACCGCACAAUGGAAGGCCCUUUCAAUGAAUCCUGAAAAUGCCAAAGUAACCAGGUCUAACUUGAGCCCCGACAAACCAGUGAGCGUAAAGAUCACCCUUGAAGAUGAAACUUCCAGAAAAUAUGUAGAUGCAGAAACAUCCUUGUAGAACUGAACCAAGAAGUGUAUGCGUGUGUGAAUGUGAAAGAAUGAAAGGACUGUUUGUAUCUUUUGAGUGACUACCAGACCAUCAGUGUGAAAAUGAUUUCCAAAAUACUGUACGUGCACCUCAUAAAUUAUUAGCACUGUAUAUACUGUAUAGGAACUAAACAGGCGGUUUCAAAAGUGAAUAGGACACACAGUGAUCACUUAAUUAUUUAUUCAAUAGGAACCUUUUUUUAAACAGAUUUUUAAUGGAUUUUAUUGUUUAACUUUAAAGGCCUGUCAUCAAGCAAUAGUGUUGAAUUUUUCUACUCCCUAAAAGGAGUGCCUCGGAAAUUUUGCCACUUUCCAUUCUCAUGCUUUCCAUAAAAGAAGAACUAAA